ACACCAUUUUCUCCUAUAAAACCAUCCAAACAACCCAAAUUCACAAGCUUUUGUAAAAAGAUCAGAUUUGCAGACACAAACAACAACAUGGGUCGAUUCCAAUUUCUGGAGGCGGUGCUGCCGCUAGGGAUUAUCGCCGGCAUGCUCUGCAUCGCCGGAAACGUUCAGUAUCAAAUCCACAAAGCUGCACACGGUCGCCCCAAACACAUCGGCAAUGAUAUGUGGGACGUUGCAAUGGAACGACGGGACAAGAAAAUCGUUGAUGACAAACUUUAUCCUGCCAGUAAUUAGGGUUUCUUCUUACAAGGAAGCAUUGGCAAUGUGAUGCAAGGAAUAAGGGGAGAUUGGCUAUGUGUUUACUUUUUCUUGUUUUGUUGGAAAACACAUUUAUAAACUUGACUUUGUGAAAUUGGUAUUGUUCUGCAAAAUGCUUGCUGCGUUACUUGUUUGUAGUUUGCAAGUUUUACGAGUAGAUUGGUUUGUUUCGAUCGAAUCUACGAAUGAGAUUGUUAAACCGCAUAAGCCGUUGAGCUGAAUCGAACCCUUUUGUACUUUUGCAUUCGUUCAAACUAAACGAUGUUUUCUUCAA